GUACUCACUUGAUCUAUGCAUUCGGUGGAUUCACCAAGGACAAUCAAAUGAAGCCUUUCGACAAAUAUCAGGACAUAGAGCAGGGGGGCUAUGCAAAGUUCACUGGACUCAAAACAUACAACAAGCAAUUGAAAACAAUGAUUGCCAUUGGCGGCUGGAACGAGGGUUCUUUACGAUUCUCUCCCCUGGUGGCAAGUGCCGAACGGCGUCAACAAUUUAUUAAGAACAUAUUGAAAUUCUUGCGCCAGAAUCAUUUUGAUGGCCUAGAUCUGGAUUGGGAAUAUCCAGCACAUCGGGAAGGCGGCAAGUCGCGCGAUCGUGAUAAUUAUGCACAAUUUGUGCAGGAUUUAAGGGCGGAAUUUGAGCGCGAGGCUGAAAAGACUGGACGUACAAGGUUGUUGCUGACAAUGGCUGUGCCAGCCGGCAUUGAGUACAUUGACAAGGGAUAUGAUGUGCCGAAACUGAAUAAGUAUCUUGAUUGGUUUAACGUGUUGACAUAUGAUUUCCAUUCGUCACAUGAACCGUCGGUUAAUCAUCAUGCGCCACUUUACUCCAUGGAAGAUGAUUCCGAAUAUAACUAUGAUGCUGAGUUAAACAUUGAUUAUUCCAUAAAGUAUUAUUUAAAGGCUGGAGCUGACCGAGAUAAGUUGGUUUUGGGCAUUCCUACCUAUGGACGAUCUUACACACUUAUAAACGAGGAAAGCACUGAACUCGGUGCACCUUCUGAGGGACCUGGUGAACAGGGAGAUGCGACCAGAGAGAAGGGCUAUUUGGCAUACUAUGAGAUUUGUCAGUCCCUUAAAGAAGAUUCAGAGUGGACUGUGGUACAGCCUAAUGCCGAUGUUAUGGGCCCGUAUGCUUAUAGACGCAAUCUGUGGGUCGGCUACGAUGAUGAAGCCAUUGUUCGCAAAAAGGCAGAAUAUGUAGUAGCACAUGGACUGGGUGGUAUUAUGUUCUGGGCAAUAGACAACGAUGAUUUCCGUGGUACAUGCAGCGGUAAACCGUAUCCCUUAAUUGAGGCUGCUAAAGAGGCAAUGAUUGAGGCGUUUGGUCUGGGUAUUAAUGAGGUCGCAAAACCAAGCAGCCCACAGAAGCCGACGCGUUCAAGAAGUCGCGACAAUGGCAGCAAAAAAAAUCAAAUAGCCUCCAAGUUAGAGGUAAGCACAAGACGGUCCGCCACUACACGGCGACCAGCCAGUACCACCACAAUCGCGACGCCCAGCACUACAAUUAGACUAACUGAAGCCAAAGGUUCAUCGCUAUAUAUUGGUGGAUACGUUUCAACGACGCCAGCACCACCAACAACACCUGAUCCCGGUUCUGACUUUAAAUGCGAAGAGGAAGGCUUUUUUCAGCAUCCUCGAGACUGCAAGAAAUAUUACUGGUGCUUGGACAGCGGUCCGUCUGGAUUAGGUAUUGUGGCACAUCAAUUCACUUGUCCUUCUGGAUUGUACUUUAAUCCUGCUGCCGAUUCCUGCGACUUUGCGCGAAAUGUACCUUGCAAAACAAAGAAAUCAACAACUUCGGCCCCAAUGACAGCUCGUCCCACUAGCAGCAGUAAUCGCGUUACUGCAGCGCCAGUUGCACGACCGGCAUACCCACGUAUCACCAGCACAACUAGUACUACCACAACGACUACUACCACCACUUCAGCUCCAGUGACAGUAGAAGAGGUGAUUGAAUAUGAUGAAGACAACAAUGAUGAUCAAUCACCUAUCAAGUUUAGUGAUGCUGAAGAGGAUCCGCAGGUUAUUAAGGAACUUAUCGAUCUUAUACGAAAAGUUGGUGGUGUAGAACAAUUAGAGAAGCAUUUGUUGCAAAAUAAGGAUGGUUCGAUAACACUGAAGGAGAACGCUUCUAGUGGUACACCUACAACACCCUCUACUAUUAGCAAAUCUCUAUAUGAUCGCGUUUUGAAUCGCCCUUUAACAUUAAAUUCCUUCACACGUAAUCGCCCUAAUGUGGCGAAUUUAAGAACUACAGAAAGUACAGAGGCAACCAAUGUUGCGGUCGUCGGUGAUAAUAAUUCGCAAAACAACUUUUCAAAAUACUCAUCCGUUUUGCGAGGCAACAGCCGCCAAGGCCCACAAAACGAGGGCAUUGAGAAGAUUUCUGAAUUUGAUGGAUUCUUAAAAGAGCGCAAACAAUAUGUGACCAUCAAUCGCAAUCGCGGUAGCACACUUGGGGAACAGGCGACCGAAGUUGACUCGGAAAAUGAGACCGAUGAGGGUGUUGAGCCAGAGUCAAAUCUAAAACAAGUUGAUACUACUAAACGUCCUGAAAACGCUGCUACACAAUCCUACACAAGCCCUCGACGUUCGCGGCCAAACACAACGACGCCACCGUCUAUCGAGUACGAAGAGAAAGUGGCACAACCCGUUGCAAUUAAGAAGCAGACUCAGACUAAGCAGUAUGCCACACUGAGUCGAACUCGUGGACGCACUACGGAACGUUCGGAGAUCUCAUCUUCUGAAGAAGCUGGUGUAUCAGUUAGCUCGACAACCAAUCGCUAUAAAUACUUUGAACGGACGCGUCCCACGACGCGCAGAGGUUCGACUAAUGUAAGUGUCGAUGGAAUUGACGAUGAUAAUAUCGAUGAGGACGAGGAGGACUACGAAGAUGAUUCACAACUCAAAAAUAAUCGGUAUCAAUUGAACCGCACUAGAAGCAGCACGACAACAUCGAUUACAACAACAGCCAGCACACAUACAACAGCGGCAACACCAAUACGCCAUUUUUUGCGAAGCCGUGCACCCGUAACCAAACUAUCCAUAGUCGAUGAAAAGUCAACUACAGAUUCAGAAGAGAGUGAUGAAGAUGAGGACGAAUAUGAAGAUAACGAUGACACUAAGAUGACAGACGAUAAAACAACAACCCCCCCUGCAGAAAUAACAACAGCAAAACCAACACUGAAGCGCAUACGGGUAAUCAAAUAUCGACGACCACUUCACACUAUUGAUGGCAAUACCACUAAUAGCGUCACUACCACCGAUACUGAUAAAAACAACAAUAAUCAGACAAAAUUAACAGCAACAUCAACAGCAAUCAAACCCACAAAUCGCACCAGCGACACGAAAAAACUUUUGCGCAAAAUUGUGCGCAAACUUAGGCCUGUUGACACAACAACUACGGAGUCCAACCAGGCAUUUAAUAAUGAUGAUCAGCAAGCUAUAACAAAUGACACAACUUCAACCACCCGGAAGCCAUUCCAGCCUAGUCGAGCACGUUUUGAAACUACUACACGAAAUGAGCAGGAUAAUGAUUUGGAAGCAGUUAAUGUUCAACGACGACCGAUUGACCUGCAAAGCCUGCGUAAUCGACUCAAAGAUCAGCAGGCGCACGACGACCCCGUAGAUGGUGUCAUCAACGACCGAUUAAAAAAUCUUCUAGUCGAGAAGGGCACCUCCAGUACUACUGCUCGAGCUACAGUCAGCGAUUUUGUGAAUGAGCCCCCAAGCACAUCAGCUACAAUUCCUGCAUCUUCACCGCGUCCAUUUUUCCGUCGCAAGCUAGUGGCCAAGCGACCCUAUUCUCCUCUGACAGCCAUUUCACCCACUAAAUCGGCACUGGUCCUAAGCAGCACCCGACCCACAGUAAAGUUUGUUCGUCGCAAGAACGGACGCUUCGAUCCAUUCAACUCCAAUGUGCGCAACAAAGGUGAGGGCUUUGUGCGUAGCGAUCCUAGAGAACCACGACUGCAGAAUACCAAUCGCUUUAAGCAACAGCGGCAACAUAAAGAUGAAGAUUAUUACGACGAUGAAUACGAAGAGCAGCAAGAACAUCCACAAGCACAACUAAACGCUCAAAAAGUGAGCAUUCAAAAUACUGUAAGAAGCCAUUUUGUUCCUAAAAAUAAACUACCUCAACAAAUUCAGGAGCAGGAAAAUAGCGAAGAAGUAGAUGACUAUGAAGAAGACGAAGACGAAGACGAUAACGAUAAACAGGAUGAAAAUGAAGAAGAUAAUCGCGCUAAGCAACUAACUCAAGCGCCGGAGUCAAGUCAGGAGGGUCAAUUCGACAACAGCACCCCUCAACCUAAAUUGAAUGUACCACCCGCCUAUCGAUCCAAGGAAAAUCGAGUGCUGCCUGGAAGUCGACCUAAUUUUGUACCCACUGCAAGUGGUGCAACCGCAAGUAGUAGCAAUGUGCCCUUCAAUCAACGUAAUCGGCAGGCGAAUGCUUACAUUAGCGGCAGCAAUCGUCCCCGUGUAGUUAACCGUCCACUUGGCGUGGCGACGUCCACUUUGACGUUACGCCCUGUGUCUAACAACUAUGAGCGCACUACACCAUUGACACCCCUAAAACCAGCUCCAUUUAUUUCGAACAAUACACGUAGCUAUGAGCGUAAAUACACAGGUCCAUCAACAGGAGCACCAGAGACCGUCAGUGAAAAUUCAUUGAUCGAAGAUUUAAAUAUUGAUGCACUUAAUGCGCGCAACAAGAAGAUCUUUGACACUCACAGCAAGAAGCAUACAACGCUUAAACCAAAGGUAGCUAUUAAGGCUGAGACAGAGUUAGAGACGGAUACGGUCGACGUCCUGCUGCGACAGAGUGAGGGCUAUGUGACUACCACACCAAGUACACCAACAACAAACCCAACAGUAACACAGUCAACAGACACUAUAAACACUGUAACUGAAAUCGAAACAGCCACCGCACAGCCACAAAUCGUAUUCAAUGCUAAUGCUAAUGAAGCUACAAAAAUCUCUUCACUCCCACAGGAUAGAACAUUGGCAACAGUUUCAUCGACAACAUCACCACCCCCACCAGCAACGACGUUACUACAUGUGUUCACUCUACUUGAUGGGGUGACCGAUGAAGACCAGGGCACCACAGGACGACCUAUGGGCAGUAAAAUCACCGCUAUGGAGCCCAAGCAUAAGCUUAUCGAAAUCAAUCGCAUUGUAGAGAUAAACUCAAAGCAAGCUAAGGCCGCUCAACGCAAGUCCAAGGCCAAUCAGGACUUUGGUACCUUGCGCGUCGAGUCGCUGCCCCAUGUGGAGCAGCUUGGCGAGAUUAGUGUAGUCAAGUAUGUGCAUUUGGUAGAUGGUAGCCAUAUUCAAAUCAACGAUGGCCACAGUACCGUAGCAGACUACACACCCACUGAACCCAUAAUUUCCAAGGGCUCAGCACCAGUUCGAAAUAGUCUACCAGAGACUGUAGGUGAUACCAAUGUAGAGCGCGACGGAAAAUCGCUUUUACCGGAGGUUAUACGUGGUGCCUUCGAAACAUCAACUAUCUCGUUGGAGGGUUUGUUUGACUCGUCGCGCACGGUCAAGAUUGAAAACAACUACAUCAAUACCAACAUUCAAGAAACACAAACAACAACCACACUUAAUAGCAACAGUAGCAGCGUAACAGCUUUGACUUCAACGUCAACGUCAACUCCAACUAUCUCAGCCACAAUCCCGGCAGCCAAUGUGUCGCGUCGUCCGGUGUUAAGCGUUCGUAGGCGCAAAAUAAAUGCGCCAACGACAGUGUCUGAUCCAACCACGCAAACAACAACAGAAUUUACGUCGACAACCUUGAAAUAUAAUCGAUUGCGUAGUAAGUCAACCACAGCAGCAGCAACCAAAUCAAUUAUGACAACAGCAGCAACAGCGACAAGCAGAAACAGCAACAACCAAAUUUACCAUAACAAAUUGAAGUCGAAAAGCUCUUCGCCAUCCGUAGAAACAGUCACUUUAACGCCAGCAACAUUAUCGACAGCAACAAGCAACAGUAAUCUAAGCAACAUCCCUGUUAAUAACACACACGCGCAUCAUAAAUUCCAAGCAGCCAGCUAUGCGUUGCGUCGCCAGUUUCAAACGCGACGCUUGACAACAACAGAAUCGAUAUCCAGCAGCGAUGAACAUUAUACGGAUGUACCGAGUACCCAAAACCCGCUCUUCAAGCGCCGACUAACGCUUAUCUCAACGGCACCACAACCGCGCUCUAAAACCACCACCUCAUUCUCUGAAACAACGACUACUUAUUUUGGUAUUGAGGACGAUGGCGAUCAGGUGGCCAAAUCGAGUAUGCACUCUAGUCACUUUAACCAAAUUCCGGAACAGGUGCGUCCACAAGUAAGCUAUGAGACACUUGUAAGCAGCAGCAUCGCUACCACCAAGUCUACACCCCCACCUUUCAUGGUCAAAACCACGCGUCGUCAGUUGAUACCACGUCCACGUCGACCACAAUCUGGCACACCUAUUCACGAUGCAACAACUGCUUCAGUGACAUCAGCAUUUUCGCCGCCUGCAUCCCGUCGUCAGCAGAGCCGUCGACGACCGCACAAAUAUAUCGAAGUAUACAAACGGCCGCCAAGCCAGUCGGAACUUGCCACUGCCAGUCGUCGGUUAAGUUCCGUUGCCCAUGAUCACCAUAAUAAGGACGAAACGAGCGUUACUCCACAAUUGCAUGGCCUUAAUGGAAGGCCUUAUCUUAAGCAUCAGUCACAGUCUCAGGCUCGGUCAAAGUCUCAGACGCAGCCCGCAGUGAUUGUUCAUGAUCAAGGCGUUAUCGAAUGCUUGGAGUUAGGCAAUUUUCCGCAUCCGCUUAGUUAUCGCAAGUUCAUAUCCUGUGCCAAGCUCGUAGAGACCGGAGGCAUUGUUGGCUGGGAGUACACCUGUCCCAAAGAACAUGAAUAUGAUAGCGUGAGUGGUAUAUGCACCCGUACGGCAUCCAUUGCUGCUAAGGUCUUUCGUGAUUAAUGCAUCUGGUAGGGGUCAAUGACUGAAUACAUGACUUUGCGGCCCAAAUGUACAGUCCAGGUCCCGGGAAGUUAUUUUGCAUUUUGCAUCUUCGUAAAACAAUAUUGAUAUUGUUAUAGUUUUAUUUUAGCUUAUCGAUCAUUUCUGUCAUGGCUACUCCAAAACCCCUACAAGAUUUUCUAAAUGCAUUUAGCCACUUAUUUGAUUUUAAAACUUAAUACUUUUUUGAAACCGCAGAAAACUUUUCUUUAGAACUAUGGAGAGCAGUGCGAUGAAAAGAAACAUAAUUGUUAUAUUCCAGCAAAAGUACUCUAACCCCAAAAUACGAAUUUAUCUUUUUUGUACUGGCAGAUAUUAAUAUAUCACUCAUUCAAUGACAGACUGUCAUUCCUUAAAAUACAUGAUUUUUGAUUAAAGGGUGCAGAAAUAAUCUUAGUGUCCUAUGUUAACUGUGAAAAAAUUUCAAAUUCAUAUUUUAAAUACUUUUCAUGUGAUGUGAUAACUAUAAACUGGUUUUGAAUUGAAAACUUUAAAUGCGUGGCAGUAAAUGAGCGAUGUGUAUCUGAUAACCAAUUUGCAUGUGAAUUAUGUUUUAUAUUAUGGUGUUUCUUAUUUUUCGAUUUCAAAAUGUCAAUUUCCUCCCCUUCCCCCAAAAAAAAGUUGGCAUUGGAUAUUAGAAAAGUGCACAAAAAAUGUCAAGCUCCUGAGAUAAGUCCUUCUCGUGCCUUCACGAUUUGGGCUCCAUAAUGAUCACUCAGUCAAUCAGUACAAUCAGGAGUUUUAUAUACAUAUAUAGAAGAAUCCAUACAUUAAAGCUAGGAAGAAAAAUAUAAAACUCGUGUCGUUAUAAUAUUAUAAAAUCGUACACCAGUUUUUUCGUGAAGGAAGGUUGGCAUAUGAUUACCAAACAUUUAAAUAUUUAGAGCCUUCGUGGUAGGUAAAGGACCUAUUUUAGAGACUUGAAAUUUUUAUUUUAUUUUAUAAAAACUAAAAGACCUUAGAAAUAAAAUUUAAAAUAUUUCUUCAUAUAAAGAAAAAACACCCUAAUGUAUAUUAUAUAUAUAUAUAUAUACCCUAAUGUUACACUUUUGCGGCUCUGUCAACUUAGAAAAAUAGAAAUUUAAAAUUAAUAUACAUACUCGUACAUCUGUAAACAGUUUGGUAUGCAAUUAAAAAAACAUUCGGAAAUUCCACCUGUUGGGCCGUCAAUAAAGGUUUACAUGAAUAUACAUAUGAGUAAACAUA